AUGCCUUCUUCAGGCCCAAAAGAGCAGCCAGGGAGCAGUGAUUCAACACCGCAAGCAUCCACCAACCCGGAGCCUCCGUACACGAUAUUUGAUAAGAGACAAAAAUGGCUGAUAGUCUUCAUCGUCUCAUUUGCUGCAACUUUUUCUGGAUUUGCAUCGAAUAUCUACUUCCCGGCGUUGCCAACCAUUGCAGACGACUUAGAUGUAUCUCUAGAGCUCGUCAAUUUGACUGUCACGUCUUACCUCAUAUUCCAAGGAAUAGCGCCAAGUUUUUGGGGUCCGAUGUCCGAUGUUCGAGGUCGCCGGAUCACGUACACUUGCACGUUUCUCGUAUUCCUCGGCGCCUGUAUUGGACUCGCGCAAACCAAGGAUUACGCUGCACUCAUCGUGCUCCGAUGUCUUCAGAGUACUGGCAGUGCUAGCACCAUUGCUAUUGGGUCCGGCGUGAUUGGCGACAUUACCACUCGAGCUGACCGAGGAGGAUUUAUGGGAAUCUUCCAAGCGGGACUCCUUGUACCUGUUGCUGUGGGACCGGUUAUUGGCGGCGGUAUUGCCGGUUCCCUAGGAUGGAGGGCCAUCUUUUGGUUUCUGGCUAUAUACAGCGGCGUCUUUCUGGUUUUAUUACUCGUUCUGCUACCAGAGACACUCCGGUCACUAGUGGCUAAUGGGAACUUGAAGCCAUCUAAUAUCCUAACUAAAUUUCCACUCGAUAUUUAUCAGAAGACCACCAAAGUCGAGUGGGACCGUGAAGCACCGCCACCAGAACUUGCUACGAGAAAGAACAUCGAUGUCCUUGGGCCGUUUCGCAUCCUUGGUGCCAAAUUCGCAGCACCUAUAGUCAUUUUCCUCGCCAUAUACUAUGCCGUGUGGCAGAUGAGCAUCACAGCCAUGUCUUCGCUAUUCAAAAGCCGCUAUGGGCUUAGUGAAAUCCAGAUUGGUUUAACAUUCAUUGCUAACGGUGUCGGAUCGAUGGUCGGAACUUUGAUCACGGGUAGGAUCCUCGAUCUGGAAUACCGCCGUGUCAAGGCUAAGUUUGAGUCUCGUUCAUUCGACGCUGGUGUUGAAGAUGGAAACGGUCUGUCAGGUGUCACAGUUGACCGGGAUGAGAGCUUCCCUAUCGAGAAAGCUCGACUUCGACUCAUUCCCGUCUUUUCUUUGCUGCAGUGUCUUUCGAUAAUUCUCUUUGGCUGGGCCAUCCAAUAUCCUCACCACGUUCACAUCGCCGUCCCCAUAGUUUCCACUUUCAUCACCGGAUGGACUGCCGUCUCUACGCAAUCGGUCAUAAUGACCUAUCUUGUCGACAUCUUUCCUGAUCGAAGUGCUGCGGCUAGCGCCAGUCUUAAUCUUGCUAGAUGCUUGUUUGCUGCUGGCGGCACAAGUUUUGUGAUGCCGAUGAUUAAUAGCAUCGGCGUGGGCCUUACUUUCACUGUUUGCGUUGCUAUACAAGCCGUGGCGCUGAUCGGACCUCUUGUACAGUGGAAAUUUGCUGGGAGUUGGAGGAGGGAUGCUGAAAGAAAUAAUGAUUUGGAUGCCCAGGGGGGGAAGCCCUGA